UUUCUGUCACGCUAUGGAUGUACUGCGCAAAAUCAUUAAUCGUACGGCUACUGUUUUUAGCGCGUAUUUCAGAAUUUUCACACCAGAGGUCAGGACUUGAAAAAGUAAUUUUGGCAACCAUGAAGAUGGCUGAUGGUUCGACUAUUUUGAGAAGAAACCGGCCCGGUACUAAAGCAAAGGACUUCAGUCGCUGGCCCGAUGAACCAUUUGAAGAAAUGGAUAGCACACUUGCUGUUCAACAGUAUAUUCAACAACAAAUACGACGCGAACCAGCAAACAUUGAUGUAAUAUUAACUCCUCCAGAUGCACAGGAUGAGGGAGUAUGGAAAUACGAACAUCUGAGGCAAUUCUGCAUGGAACUGAAUGGUCUGGCUGUACGACUUCAAAGUGAAUGUCAUCCAGAGACAUGCACUCAAAUGACAGCAACUGAACAAUGGAUAUUUCUAUGCGCAGCACACAAAACACCCAAAGAAUGCCCAGCAAUCGACUAUACACGACACACAUUAGAUGGAGCAGCAUGCUUAUUAAACAGCAAUAAAUAUUUUCCUAGCAGAGUGAGUAUUAAAGAGUCGUCAGUGGCGAAGUUGGGUUCUGUUUGUCGGAGAGUGUAUCGAAUAUUUUCUCAUGCAUAUUUUCAUCAUCGGACAAUAUUUGAUGAAUUUGAGAAUGAAACGUAUCUGUGCCGGCGAUUCACAGCUUUCGUCACCAAGUACAACCUCAUGUCCAAGGAUAACCUCAUUGUGCCCAUCAUGGAGGAGGAGGGCUCGGGGGAGACAGAUGCAUAAACACCAACAGCACUCUGUGAUGAAUGAACUGCUCUUGCAACCACAGUGGGCAUAUCCGUUACACACAGAAACUGGAAGAGCAAGUAACUGGAUUGUGCCAUUAAAGAGACGGAAUGCAACUGCCCUACACACAAGUUUUCCAUAGUGUGAUGUCAUCCCAAAGCUGCACAUUUUAUUUGGAAAGAAUCUUUUCAUUAAAACUUAUAACAGGUACUUUUAAAGUUGUAGGGAAUAGAAAUCAUUUGUAAAACAGAUUUCUUCUUUGAGCAUCUCUUGCCUGUUUCAGUUGAAUGGUAUUACAGGUGUUCUAUCCAACAAGAUAUAUAGCGUUGCACAUGUCAGUCAUCAAUUAUCCUUCUAAAACCAUUCAAAACGAUGCAGUAGGCCAGUGGGAAAUGCAUGGAGAAAGGAUAAUUGCAAGAUGGGAUCAUACUGGUGAGGCUUAAGUUCACAGAAAAAUCAUACUUAGUAAUUCAACAACAAAAUGGGUCAUAUUCUUGACUUUCAAAUUAUUAAUAUUAUAACACUUUACUCAUAGAUUAAAUUUAUAUUAUUUGGACAAUGUUAUUAAAGUAGUGGUGGGAAGUUACAAUAAAAUACAACAAUCCCUUGCCAACUGCACAGGUUUACAUUCCUCAAAAAUGUUGUGGACGGCAAGAGCAAGGUUUGACAUGAAACUGUGGGUGCUGCUAUCACUCAUCAAAACUGAAGUGGUCUGCACAGUAAAAUACGUAAGACAGAGUUUCGCAGAAAUUUACAGAAAUGACGAUCCUGAAGCUAGAAAACAAUGCAGCCCUUCCCAUAGCUAAUAUAUUUCUUGGCAUGGAAGAGACACAUUUGUGUUCAGAACUAGAAACCAGAGAAGAAAAGAAUACCAUAACUGGCAAAACUAGAUAAAACUGGCAAACUCAAGCUUGUGAAAGACUGUUAUCUUCAAUUUAAAUGUCACAAUACUACAGGGAGAUCAUUUCAGAGCUGCAGGGAAUUAUUCAGCCCAUCAGGCAAGAAAGCAGCACACUUCUCCCAUCAGCUGAGCUCACAUGGGUGUAGACUUCUGGCAUAGCUGCCAGGCCAACAGACUGUAAACAUUAACAGUUCCUCUUCAAUAUCACCCAAUGAAUGUAUAAGGGGUGGCCCUUCUCAGCCCUUGCACUGCAACCUACAGUGGUUUGUUGUGCUUAAUAUCACCCAAUAAACCACUGAACACC